AAUGUAUUGCUGGUCUUCCUCUCCAGGCAGCUUCACAGCUCCACCAACCUGCUCCUGCUCUCUCUGGCUGUCUCAGAUUUCUUCGUGGGUCUCCUCAUGUUCUUUCAAAUUAUGCUUAUAGACGGCUGCUGGCUCCUUGGUGACAUCAUGUGUACUCUGUAUCAGUAUCUAUCAUUCAUUGUUACAGCUGCCUCAACGGGAACCAUGGUGCUCAUAUCAGUUGAUCGAUAUGUGGCUAUUUGCUAUCCUCUGCAUUACUCCACCAGAGUCACACACAAAAGAGUUCACAUCUGUGUCUGUCUGUGUUGGUCACUUUCUGUCAUUUUCUCUAGUCUGAUUUUGAUGGAUAACCUAAAACAUCUGGGCAGGUAUAACUACUGCUUUGGAAAGUGCAUAUUUGUCCUGAACUACUUUGCUGGACUUGUUGAUGUUAUUUUGUCAUUCAUUCUUCCCCUUACUGUUAUUGUUGUUCUGUAUAUGAGAGUAUUUACGGUGGUUUUGUCUCAGGCUCGUGCCAUGCAAUCUCGUAUUAAAACCGACACAUUCCAGAAAUCAGUGAAAGUAACUGCUAAAAAAUCGGAAAUGAAAGCAGCCAGGACUCUUGGUGCUGUUGUUGUUGUGUUUCUGAUAUGUCUCUGUCCAACUUUUUUAAUCAUUCUUUCAGGCCCACAUGUCUCACUCAAUGCUUCAACUGCUGCCUUUGUGAUGGUGUUGUUCUAUGUUAACUCCUGUCUGAAUCCUGUCAUCUAUGCCUUUUUUUACCCCUGGUUCAGAAAAUCUAUUAAGCUCAUUGCCACACUGGAGAUACUGAAGCCUGGCUCCCAUAACGCCAACAUACUGUAG